AUGCACGAUACAAAAGUCAUUGUCGACUCAGAGGACGAAGAUGAAGGCUUCAGCCCCGACCAUAGUCCAUCCAAGAGCCUCACAGCAGACGACUUCACAGGCCUAGCAGACGGGAACGAGAAACCAGGGGACGAGCCGACCAGCGACUCGCGAUCGACCGAUCCGGAGUUCUUCAAGCGGUUUUAUGAGAACCAGCAGAAAGCAAAGGACCAGAUCGUUCCAGAUACCGCUCAGGAUGCUGAAGGCAGCAAGGGCUCCUCACUCAGACAGGACAAGAAUAACUCAUCCUCCAUCACGGAUCCGACAAUGAGAAAAACGAGGAAGGGGCGUUUGGGCAGAGCUGAUUCUAGAGAGUUUGCGGAUUUGACCCAAGUUACGACGCCAGAUGCACCCAGUGCCAGGCAAAGAGAUGUCUAUGAUUUCACCAUCAGCGAUGAAGAAGGUGAACCUCUGGAAUCUGCCGGUCCGAGUGGAAAACGGAAGAGGAGACUGGCAGAAGACACGACUGCCGAAUUCAGCCCGCUACAGCUCUCAACAAGGACUCAGGCGUCAGACGGGCAGGACAGGCCUUCGAGGGCAAAGAAGAAGCGGAAGAGCGCUGCUCGUCAUGAAACACAAAGCGACAUUCCGGAUGCUAUCGACUUGCUGGCUGUGCCCACCAAUGCAGACAUGGACGGGAUCGAAUUGCGCGAUAGCAACAAUCCUCCAGGCAGCACGGUGCCCAAUACCCUCGAGGAUUUGUCCGCCAGUAGGAUGCUGCCGCCGACCUCGUUCUUCAUUGAUCCACCGAGUCGACUCACUGCGAGCCAGAAGCAGGAGUACCUGCCAGUCAGCAGCCAUUCUGAGCUCAGUGGUGAGGAAGCUCACCAGCAACCUUCACUCCCGCAGCCAAACCCCGCCACACAAGAUCAGCGAUCUACGAACACGGACGCAACGAUUGCGUACACGACCCCGAGCCGCUACUGCUCUUCUGCGGCACCACUGCCUAUGCCGAUCCUGGAUGACAUGGCAACCUCUAGCCCUACACGGGCACAGAUGUAUAGAACACGGGGCGCCAGCUCAUCCCGAUCAGGCCGUGCUGAUGCUGAGCAGUGGCAGCCUCAAUCCUCGCCGGAUGAGCUCAACCCGCAUCUCCCACCUGCCCCAAGUCGCAAGACAAGACGAAUGAGGGACGCAGGAGUGCAAGAUACUCAUAGGCACGAAGAGCCAUGGGACUCGGAUCAGAUCGACUCCCAUCAGGAGAACUACGUGCCUAGGCCCAGUCGGAGAAGAUCCAGGGCGGUUGAAGAGGUAGAGAGUGUGGACGACCUAAGCCUGUCUAUGCCGGACACAUGCCCACCUGGAGACAUCAGCUUCACGGGUGGAAACGAUGCGCAGCCGAUACUCAUAUCUUCUGGACAGGAGGCGCCGCAGAUCCAGACUGAACGCGUGGAAGGUGUAGAUCCAGAGUUCCUGGCGGCGCUACCAGACGACCUCCGGCAGGAGGUCAUAUCGAAUCAUAUCGCUCAACGAUCCUCCCGCACCUCGCAGGCUGCACGCACUAGAAGUCGUGGACUGCCUACAGAGUCUGCAGGUGAGAGACAACCCGUCUCUGAGGACACGCCGCAGCCUAAAAAGCGUGGAAGGAAGAAGAAGAAUGCGGAAGGGAACAGUAACGAAGCGUCAGUUGCCCAUCACGCGCCAGAAGCCGAUCCAAGUCCGGCGCCUACAGCAACUGCAGCAACUACAAGGAGGAAGAGGGGCCGCCCAAAGAAAGUCGAGGUGGUCCAGCCGGUGUCUGACCCUGAAGCUCAACACACAAGCGCUGCAGCGGAGAUAGCAGCGCCUAUACCAGCUGCUGCAGGAGAGCCUGAACCGACAGAGGUUCUUGCAGCUGGAUCUGCGCAGGAGUUACAGGAGAUAACAAGAGGUCCAUCGAAAAGAGGCCGCAAGAAGAAGGUUGUAGAAGAAGCGCCUACACCACCAGCUCAAGAACAAGAAGGGGAAGGUCCGUCACACGACACACGUGACGGUACUGAAGAGCUCUUCACGCUCUCUGUAGAAGGCUCAGGUGAGAGUGCAGAGAUUGGAGAUCAGCGCGAGGCUCUCAAAGAUAUCAGCAACGCCUCGUCACAGAAUGCUUCCGCCAGGAGUAAGACGGUAGACCAGAUUGCCUCGGACGAUGGCAGUGGUGGUGGGAUGCAGCAAGAGACAACGCCCGAGCCCAAAGCGAAGGAGAUGCAAAAGUCAGCUCCAACGAGUGGUCAGCAGGGCAAGGUACCGUUGAGGGUUGGUCUGAGCAAGAGAUCGAGGAUCGCGCCUCUGCUGAAAAUCAUUCGCAAGUGA